AGUCUGUGAUACUGUGGAGAAAUCUUGGCAUGACCACCGUUUCCAGCUGACCCGGAGAUGAAAAGAAAAACAGCAGAGUAUUCAUGGAAGCCAGUACUGCAGACCAAAGUUUUUCCAUGCGAUCGAUUUAAACAUGCCUGCUGCAUCUGCAGGGGCUUCCUUUAUGUUUAUGGCGGCCGGCACACCACCACCUUGAGUGACUUCUGGCGAUACAGGAUAGGCAGUAAUGAAUGGGAACGGCUGGACAGCUCUGAAAACGGCCCCGAAGAACUGGAAGACCAUACAAUGGUGGAGUAUCAGGGUAUCCUCUACAUCUUUGGUGGGAUGGUAGAUUCAGCUUUCACACAGAAGAAGAAUCCUUUCUGGUUAUAUGACACUGAUUCAGCCAAGUGGCUUCAGUGCCAGCUCACAGCAGUAGAGGGUGAGGAAACAGCUCCUACUAACCGUAAGGGCCAUAGUGCGGUCGUCUACCGGGGCAGUAUGUACAUCUAUGGUGGAUACAUUGACAUUAAAGGUGUUUCUCAAGAAUUCUGGAUUUUUCGUUUUGAUACAAAACAGUGGUGCCCUGUACCAGCUACUCUGUAUGGUUGCAGCCCAGGCCCUCGGCACGGUCAUGCAGCUGUGGUUUACAGCAGUGGCAUGUACUUGUUCGGAGGGCUGAUGGGACUGAGUGAGCAAAACGACUUCUGGAAGUGGGAUUUCAUAGCUGCCAACUGGUGUAGCAUCAGAAGAAGCCAGGGACCUCCCAAAGUGGUGGGACAUUCUGCUUUAAUCUUUCAAGACUCCAUGAUUGUCUUCGGCGGAGGAAUUUCUAAUAUGAAGCCAAACGGCACCUUGUGGAAGUACCACUUUCCUUCUGAGAUGUGGGAAAAAAAAGUCGGCCCGAAGGAUGGGAAUCCUUCCUGCAAAGCUUAUCACUGCCUCCUGGGCCUUGGAUACGGUUUCCAGGAGAUGGCCGACGCUUCAUGCGUAUCACUGAACUGCUGUUCACAUCGGAAAGAAAAACGUUGCUCAAAGCUACGAGCCAUCUCAAAGCAGCAUUCUUGUUUGUGUGAGUACUUUCAGCCAGGGCCUGCAUACCGAGCAUUCAACAAUGAUGAUGGUAAUGAAAUAGAAAUGAGCGUCCUUCACCAACCUUCAAAACAGCCAGGAUUCUGUUCACUCCAGACCAUUUCCAAUGCAGAACUGAGUGCAAACCAGCCCGCAGGUCUCUUAUCCAAGAAAGAGAAAAUCUCAUACCUCGAUCUUUCCACUGAACAGGAUCAAGUUACCCCUGCUGCUCCAGAGAAGGAGGCAGGCUUCAACUGUCUAAACUCUGACCGUGUGGAUAUUGGGGAGCUCUCGGCUGUCCUGUUUGUUGUCGGUGGUAAACCUUUCUCUAGUUCAUCUGCGAUCUCAUUUUGGCAAAUGGAGCUGGACACAAUUUAAAUGGCACACAUACCAAGUAGGGAGAGUAUUGUGCCUAGAGUGAAUGAAAAAGAAGUCCGGGAGACUACCACGCGUACUGAUGAGUCUCUUACUACAAAAUCAAAGUGGCCA